AUGGACAUUUUUAACUCCUCCAUGGAAGUAACUAACAAGUGCGUCUCACCUGUGACAGGUCCCGUGACAGUGGCGGUGGCGGUGGCUGGGUCAGCUUCGGUGCUUCCCUGCAACAUCUCCACCUCUAAGAGUGAUGACUCCGUCCAGCUAGUUCUUUGGUACCGUGAUCACGUGCCUACACCUAUCUACAGCUACGACGUGCGCUCUGGUGCGUACUCUCGGCCGAAGGAAUGGGCUGAUCCACACAUCCUGGGAGAGCGAGCACACUUCAGCAUGACUACCGUGCCGGCAGCUCUCGUUCUCAACCAGACUCGACCCAACGAUCAAGCUGUAUACCGCUGCCGCGUCGACUACAAGCGUCUCACGACUACCCACGCUAGAGUCAACCUCACGGUCAUAGAACCGGUGGAGAGUGUAAGAAUAGUGGACGAAAGUGGGCUGGAGUUGGUAGGGGCAGCGGGGCCCUACACUGUGGGCCAGAGACCCUCCCUAACUUGUCGAGUCCAUGGAGGCGACCCACCACCAACGGUCACCUGGUGGAGGGACGGACGUCUCCUAGACAGCACCUACCACCACCAGUCCUUACCAAGUAAAGCGGUCGCCACCUCCGACACGUCGAGGAGAGCGAGGGUGGAGCCUGGACCGGUGGUGGUAAACACGAUACACCUGCGGGCGCUCAAGAAGGAAGACCUCCGCUCCACCUACACCUGCCAGGCAGUCAACCAUGACCUGGCUCCCACCAAGGAAGCCGCCGUAGAGCUCGACAUGAACUAUGGACCCGAGAGCGUGGAGGUGCGAGGUCUGGAUGGCCCGGUGUCUGCAGGGCGCCCCCACCAGGUGGUCUGCGAGGCUAGGGGAAGCAGACCACCUGCCACACUCACCUGGUGGCUCAAUGGACGCAUGAAGAAGGGCGUAUCCCAAAUGACUUCGCGUGACGUCAACGUGCCCUGGACAUCGAGUACCCUGGAGCUGGUCAUCGGUCCUGAAGACGAAGGCAGCAAACUGACGUGUCGGGCCGAGAACCAUGAACUGCCGGCAACUACAAUAGAGUCUACGCACCAGCUUCAAGUUCUCUACUCUCCGGAGGUUCAUGUGGCUGCCGGCUCUUCCCUCGACCUCAACCACAUCAAGGAAGGCGACGAUGUGUAUUUCGACUGUCACAUAAAAGCCAGACCGGACGCACACAAAAUCAGCUGGAGUUUUAAUGGUGAGGAGCUGCAGCAGAACGUGAGUGCCGGGGUAAUGGUGGUGGGUCGGUCGCUGGUGCUGCAGAAGGUAACAAGGAAGCAGGCUGGAAGCUACGCGUGUGCAGCCACCAACACCCAGGGUUCCAACACCUCUUCUGCCAUACUCCUCUCUGUCAAGUACUCACCUGUGUGUCGAGUGGAGCAGACUGACGUUUAUGGAGUCGGGCGGCAUGAGAAGACGACAGUGACGUGCCGAGUAGAAGCCGAUCCUCCCGUCACCGCGUACCGUUGGGCCUUCAACAACACCGGAGAGUUCGUUGACAUACCCUAUUCGCACUACGAUAUCAAAGGAGAGGGAAUCAACUCACAGCGAUCCGACUUGCGUUAUUCUCCUGUAAGCGACCUGGACUACGGCACCUUGCUGUGCUGGGCGACCAACGCUGUGGGCACACAGAAAACACCUUGCACCUUCACUGUGUUCCCUGCCGGCAAGCCGGACAUGGUGAGCUCUUGCAAUGUGUUCAACGAGACGGAGGAGAGUGUGUCUGUGUCAUGUGUCCCCGGCUACAGCGGGGUGUGGAUCAGAGCUUCCUGCUGGAAGCCUGGGAUGAUGGUGUUGUCCGCGCGACGAUACAAGCGAUGCUGCUGUUCUCCAGAUAGGUGGGCUGCGCCCGGGCACCCGGUAUACGCUGAAGGUAUUCGCUGUGAACGCGAUGGGACGCUCCCAGCCCUUGGUCUUCCCAGCCUACACCCUCACUGACGUAGCUGAACGACGCACAGCGCUGGGGGCUGGAAACCCCGGGGAACCCCUCAGUCCCAUUGUGGGUUCAGUGAUCGGUGGGGUGUUGGCUGUGUUGUUGCUGUUGAGCAUCGCCCUGGUGGUGGCCAAGUGUAAGGGACGCUCCUCCCACGAGGCCCACAGGUGAGUACUAGACCACUAUAGCUGAGUACUAGUACUAGACCCACCACUUGUGAGGAGGCCUGGUCACAGACAGGAGGCCUGGUCACAGACCGGGCCGCGGGGGCGUUGACCCCCGGAACUCUCUCCAGGUAAACUAGACCCACCACUUGUGAAUACUAGAUCCACCACUUGUGAGUACUAGAUCAUUUUUGAGUACUAGAUUCACCAUAGCUGAGUACUAGACCCACCAGAGCUGAGUACUAGAUCUACCACCACUUGUGAGUACUAGGCCCACCAAAGGUGAGUACUAGACCACUUUUGAGUACAAGAUUCACCACAGCUGAGUAUUAGACUCACCACAGCUGAGUAUUAACCUAACCAUGGAUGAGUACUAGACCCACCAGAGCUCAGUACUAGAUCCACCAUAGGUGAGUACUAGAUCCAUCACCACUUGCGAGUACUAGAUCCACCAUAGGUGAGUACUAGAUCCACCAUAGGUGAGUACUAGAUCCAUCACCACUUGCGAGUACUAGAUCCACCAUAGGUGAGUACUAGAUCCAUCACAGGUGUGUACUGAUCCCGCAGAGGUGUGUACUGAUCCCGCAGAGGUGUGUACUGAUCCCGCAGAGGUGUGUACUGGCCCCACAGGUGUGUACUGGUACACACAGGUGUGUACUGGCCCCACAGGUGUGUACUGGUUCCCAACAGAUGUGUGCUGGUUUCCCCUCAGAUGUGUACUGGUCUACACAGGUGUGUACUGGUCCUCAAGAGGUGAGUCCUGGCUACAAACGGAUGUGUAGUAGUUGUGUACUGGUGCACUAUCAGGUGUGUACCGGUCCACUAAGAGGUGCGUAUAUGUCUACUAGCAGGUGAGUAUUGGUGCACUAACAGGUGUAUAUUGGUUCACUAACAGGUGUAUAUUGGGUCACUAACAGGUGUAUAUUGGUUCACUAACAGGUGUAUAUUGGUUCACUAACAGGUGUAUAUUGGGUCACUAACAGGUGUAUAUUGGUUCACUAACAGGUGUUUAUUGGUUCACUAACAGGUGUAUAUUGGGUCACUAAACAGGUGUAUAUUGGUUCACUAACAGGUGUAUAUUGGUUCACUAACAGGUGUAUAUUGGGUCACUAACAGGUGUAUAUUGGGUCACUAACAGGUGUAUAUUGGGUCACUAACAGGUGUAUAUUGGUUCACUAACAGGUGUAUAUUGGUUCACUAACAGGUGUAUAUUGGAUCACUAACAGGUGUAUAUGGUCACUAACAGGUGUAUAUUGGUUCACUAACAGGUGUAUAUUGGUUCACUAACACGUGUGUAUUGGUCUACAAACAGCUGUGUGUUGUUUCAUAAACAGGUGAGUGUUAGAUAACCACAACUGUGUACUGGCCAAUCCCAGGUGUGUACUGGUCACCAGGUGGGAUCUGAGUCACCUCAGGGAUACAGCGAAUCUGACUGGAAAAAUUUUGGGUCUUCAUCAGAGGGUACAAGUGAUGAGGUGCUGGACUGGGGGCUGGGACAGGUAAGUUACUGAGCUGGGGGCUGAUACAGGUAAAUUACUGUGCUGGGGU